GACUCGGGGAAGGACUAACACAGGUGUGUUGGGACCGGGUUGCCUGCUCGUGCUAGAUUAUGAGCUCAUUUGAUCUGCAGACACACUCUCCACCACGCUGCAGCCCGCAAUUUCCAAAUAUUGGCCAGGAGCCUCCCGAGAUGAACAUCUACUAUGAGAACUUUUUCCAUCCACAAAACGUUCCUAGCCCACAACGACCAACCAACUUUGAAACUGGGGACUACAACUCCACUCCUAACCCUUACCUCUGGCUAAAUGGCCCCUCCAUUACCCCCCCGUCCUACCUACCAGGAUCCAACACCAGUCCUUUCAUCCCUCAGUCCUACGGGAUGCAACGGCAGCUCUUGCCCAACAUGCACAGUUUGGGGGGUUCUGAUUUGGGCUGGCUUCCUCUCCCGUCCCAAGAGGAGCUGAUGAAGCUGGUGAGACCACCCUAUUCCUACUCUGCGCUGAUUGCCAUGGCCAUCCAUGGAGCACCAGAGAAGAGGCUGACUCUCAGUCAGAUCUACCAGUACGUGGCUGACAACUUCCCCUUCUACAACAAAAGCAAGGCCGGGUGGCAGAACUCCAUACGGCACAACUUGUCUCUCAAUGAUUGCUUCAAGAAAGUGCCCAGAGACGAAGACGACCCAGGAAAAGGAAACUACUGGACUCUGGACCCAAACUGUGAGAAGAUGUUUGACAACGGAAAUUUCCGUCGGAAGAGAAAAAGGAAGUCUGACAUGGGGUCCGGCACAGCCUCUCUUGUGUCUGAAAAAUCAGAGGACAGCAUCCUAAGUGGCAGUCCUAAGGCUGCCGAACACCAGGAUCUCUUGGAAAGCUCCUCGCCUGUAACUGACAGUUCACCCGACAAGAGAUCUUCUCCGCCAUCUUCCAGCAGCCCCUGCCUCAACAGCUUCCUCUCCAGCAUGACCGCAUACGUUAAUGGCUCUAAUGCGGCGAGCCGAUCGGUGCCCCUGGGACUCGGCGCUGAGCCCACUGACAAAAUGGGACAGAAUAUGGUAGGCUUCAAUUCGUACGCUACGCUUUCGAACAUCCCCAGCCACAGCGGGGCAGAGUGGUCCAAUUCAAUGCCUUCUAGCCACCUUGGCUAUAGCAAUUCAGUUCUCAAUCAAUUUAAUACUCAUUUCUACAGCAGUAUCGGGGCAAAUAACACCCUCUAUCCCAGAGAGGGAACGGAGGUUUAAACAACAAGGAAAGGCUGGAGGGUUGAAAGGAAAUGAUCAGUGGUUAGAGGGCUAGUGUUAGCCAAAUAAAAGUGAGAAUCCCGAUCCUCUUCCCUAGGAGAUUUCCUCAUAUCCCUGACCAUCACACCUUUAUCAGCUCUGCUCAUGAAAGGCGUAGGCCUGGAAGCACAAGGGUGUUUCAGGCAAGCUCUGUGGGACUGUAAUUCUCUCAGAUCCUCCCCUGCACUAUUCUACGGCCAUCCCUAAAGAACUGCCCAUUGUCUUAGUCCCGGGCUACACUAGGAACUGUUACCUGAGUAGUUAUAUCACUUGGGGGUGUGAUGUGCUUAGUGACAAUUUAAUAUCUGCAAAAGCCCUAGUGGAGAUGCAGUUAUAGAAGCACAAAAGUCCUUUUCUUAGAACAGCUUAUUUCCCUUUGGGGAGCUGGUAUAAGUUAGACUGACACACAAGUCCUUUGCAGGUGUGAACCUAAGGUUUGACAGGACCUUGUUAGCUGGAUAAUAUUACCUCAGUAUUUGUGCUAUUCCCUCACUAAAUACAUGGACGUACUACAAAUGCUGAGGUAGCUAUUUAAGGACAACCACUGUUCCUGGCUUCCCAUAUCACUGGCAAAUUUUGGCCAAUAGCAUUAAUCUUUCAUGCCCCAUUGGGGUAUACAACUAGGUGCCAAGAUAGAAUUUGGCCUUUACAUUCAUGGGCAGAAAACUCAUCCAGAAACAGAGGGAAAUAGCAAAAAUUAGGGAAGUUUACGGUCAGAUACAAUGUUUUCAGUUUUAAGUAUAUGCAUAAGGUCAAACGCAGCUUGCCUUCUGGGCUUGAUUGCAAUCUAAUGGCCAUUUCUUGGGCCUACUUGCAUUAGAAAAACAGGAUUUGUGCCAUGCUAUAUAUUUUACAUACCUGUUUUAUGGAGAAGAAAACUUGUUUGUCCCACCAACACUUGUACUGAACAAAGCAUCUGAACCUUGAGUGCUUUUGCACAGAAAGUCUAACAUAUCACUGAGCUUCAUUUCCAAGACUGCAUCUACUCCAUGAAUUGAGUGCAUUCAUUGGGGAAAAAAAGACUGUUUACUGUACAUUUGUGUUUUGUAAAAGUCAACUAAACAAUUGUUAUGUACAAGUGUAAAUAUAGUUGAAUAAUGCUUCUUUAUUUCUCCUCAUCAUUUAAAAUAUUCCACGUGUACUGCAGUCACACAGAAACAUAUAAAGAUUAAAUAAAGG